GGUGCAGCCGCUGCCAACCUGCUCUCUGCCUGAGCUCUGAGGAUGCUUCUUCCUCCCCAGCUGCGUGCUGGGCCGCUGCCGAGAGCCACAGCGAUGCCCAACCCACCGCUCAUCGCCCUCAUCCUCUGCCUCGCCGUCUGCGUCCUGCGCGCCCAAGAGGAGACAGAGUGUGACGGGUACACCCUGGAGAAGGAGCUGCGGGAGGGCUGUGGCAAUGCCCAUCACGCCAGGGAAUGGUUAAAGCAGCUGGAGGAGAAGGUGACCCACCGGCAGAGAUGCAACUUCACGGGCAGCGUGAUCGAGACUUACGUGUUCAAGUUCAUGGCCGAGCACUUCAGAGGGUUAAACCUCAGCAGCAGGAUGGAUGGUGGUGGGAGGCUCAGACAUGCCAUGAAAUUCCCAGUUGAGCUCAUGGAGGGCAUCCAGACACGGGGAGAGGAGCAGGAGCUUGUCUGCAUCUACAUCCACAGUCCCUGCAUCUUCCAGGAUGCCCACAACAGCUCUGUGCUGAACAACGACGUGCUGGGAGCCUUCCUGCAGAGCAGGCGUGUGGCUGGGCUCAGCCGGCCCGUGGAGAUGCAGUUCUGGCACAACAUGGUGCUGGAUUCCUCCAACGCCACCUGUGUUUUCUGGCAGCCUGGAGCCGGCACAGGCAACACGGGCAGCUGGAGCAGGACGGGCUGUGAGACCACGCACAGGGAAGGGACCGUUAUCUGCCACUGCGACCAUCUCACUUACUUCGCCGUCUUGCUGCUCCCAGCAGGCACCCUGAGCCCGGCCCAGUUGGCAUCACUCACCCACAUCAGCACUGUUGGCUGCUCCCUCUCGGCUGCUGCCACCCUCUGUACCCUCCUGCUCUGCUGCUUCUCCAGGCAGGGGCUGAGGGACAACACGAACCGGAUCCACAUGCACCUCCUGACCUCGCUGCUCCUGCUCAACUGUGGCUUCCUGCUGAGCACACUGCUGGCCACGGGCACCCAGGGGCUGUGCCAGGCCACCGCCGCCCUGCUCCACACUGCCCUGCUCUGUGCCCUGGCGUGGAUGGCUGCUGAGGCCUUCCACCUCCUCCUCCUCAUCGUCAAGGUCUACAACAUCUACAUCCGGCACUACCUGCUGAAGCUCUGCCUCUUCGCAUGGGGUCUGCCCGUGCUGGCUGUGGCCACCGUGUUUGUCUUCAAGAGAGAUACAUAUGGGCACCACAGUAUCCACACCUCUGAAGGCUACAGCAAUGCAACUAUGUGCUGGCUCACCAGCUCAGCAGCCCAUUCUGCCACCCUGUGCUACGCCGGCCUCAUCCUGCUCUUCAACACGCUGGUGCUGGGCAGGGUGUUGGUGAUCCUGUGGAGGAUCCAGCAGCACAAGGGGCAAGCGAGGAAGGACUGGCUGACUGUGCUGGGGAUCACCUGCCUGCUGGGCACCACCUGGGGCUUGGCCUUCUUCAGCUUCGGUGUCUUCCUCAUCCCCCAGCUCUACCUCUUCUCCAUCCUCAACUCCCUGCAAGGUUUCUUUAUCUGCCUGUGGUACGUCGCCGUUCACCUCCGGAGCCAGCCGGGCUCCGCCGGCAGCACCUCCGGCUGA